AAUGUUGGAGCAGACCUUCAGGAGCACCAGUGGUCGUCAACAUCCACAGUUGACUCCUUGACGAACAACAGACGUCAUGAAGUUGUUGGUGCCUCUCUCACUGUUGGCCCUCGCCCUCGCCGUCACAGCUGCCGACAAUGGCUUGAUGGUGUGUUACUAUGGCUCUUGGGCCGUGUACAGGCAAGGAAAUGGCAAGUUUGACGUUGAGGCCAUCGAUCCUGCCAUCUGUACUCACCUCGUCUUUGGCUUCGCUGGACUUGGCUCUGACAAUAAAAUCAAGGUGCUUGACCCAUACAACGAGCUGUGUGAGAACUGGGGUAAGUGCGCCUACAACAGGUUCAACGCCCUCAAGGAACAGAAUGCCGACUUGGUCACCAUCUUAGCCGUUGGUGGCUGGAACGAGGGAUCCCCCAAGUACUCUGCUAUGUCUAGCAGUUCUUCCACGAGGAAGACCUUCGUCGACUCCUCUAUAGAGAUGUUGAAGGCCCACAAAUUCGAUGGUCUGGACAUGGACUGGGAGUAUCCGACACAGCGUGGAGGGAAGCCAGAGGACAAGGUGAACUUCAUCAGCCUUCUGUCAGACCUCUCAACGGCGCUACACGCUAACAACAUGAUCCUGACGGCAGCUGUGUCAGCCGGUAAGCUCACCAUCGACCCAGCCUAUGACAUCCCGGGUAUGGCUAAGAAUCUUGAUAUUAUGAACCUGAUGGCAUACGACCUGCAUGGUGCCUGGGACCCCUACACCCACCACCAGUCUGGCCUCUACCAGUACCCCGACGACACGGGAGAUAAUGUCUACCUCAACCAGGACUUCGCUGUGAAUUACUGGAUAGAUGGAGGAAUGCCAAGCACCAAGAUCGCACUGGGUGUCCCUCUGUAUGGUCGCUGCUGGAAGCUGGACUACAGCACGGAGGAGAACGGCUACUACGCCCCCGCCAGCCAGCCAGGACCUGCAGGACCCUACACCAGGAGUCCAGGAUUUUUAGGCUACAACGAGAUCUGUGAGUUCCAGAAGAAGGAGAGUGACUGGGUGGUAGAGAUAGCACCAGGUAUGAACGAGCCCUACACCUACAGCUACAAGCACGAGAGGAUCUGGUGCUCCUAUGAUGACCACGACUCCUGCAUCAAGAAGGCCAGUUAUGCUAAGAGCAAGAACCUGGCCGGUAUGAUGGUCUGGAGUAUUGAGACGGACGACUUCCAUGGUAUAUGUGGCCGCCCCUUCGACCUUAUCAAGACUCUGAGGGAAACCUUCUCUGGUGGUGACAUUCCUACACCACCCACACCACCCACAACACCCUCCACUACCACCGAUCCGAGCGCACCCACCAAACCCACCACCGUCCCCACCACCUCCCCCGCUCCUCCUCCUCCUGAUGGUGUGUGUCAAAAGCCUGGCAUCAACGCUGACCCCGACAACUGCCACCACUACUACCUCUGUUCCCUGAACGCAAAUGACAAAUAUGAGGCAACAGAGGAGAAGUGUGCCGAGGGUACGCUCUUCAACCCCAAUGCCGAUAUCUGUGACUGGGCGAAUUCCGUGUGUGCCAUCGGCGGCAUCUGCCCCAAUGAUUGCGCCUGAAGGUCUCCAGGCCUCAAUCUCUCCCCUUCUGUAGCUUUAUCUGCGGUCUUUGUCCCCAUUGGAGCAUAGGAUGUGAACCAUGCCUUGAUAUACCGAGCGACAUACUAUUACCCUCAUGUAGUGUUUCACGUACACGGCUACUGUCUCUUACUAACAUAUUUUCCUUAUAUGUUUCUAAAUACUGUAAUUGAGAAGAUAGUUGAGGAGUCCGCACUGAAUAUACGGAGCUAUAA